CAGAAAGAACAGUCAAAAUGCAGACGGGACAGGACAAAGCACUCAGGACAAAAUGUAUGUGAAAUGAUUUUUUUUAAAUUUUCAAAUUUCCCGCCGGCGCCCAUAUGUCCCAACGUCACAGGGAACGGAACACAGAAGCCGGAUGCCGGCAUCAGCCGGAGGAGAUGGCCGGGGACGCUGCAGGGGACACAUCGUGGGAGCGAAGGACAAGGUAAGCUCUGUAGGGACUCCCUAUGCAGCGCCACAUGGUAAGCCCGAGUGUAGCUCGGGGUUACCGCUUUUGGUACAGAAA